AUGGAACAGCUUUUUCGGAGAAAGCGGCUAGGUUUGCUGAAGCCUCUUCUGAGUCUCUCCCUGUUCUUCGCCUCGCUCCUUUUGCUCCACAAGCUUAAAUUCCCCGAAAAGGACACUACGGGCACGUAUGUGAGGCACACCGACUGGUGCGGGGAGUGUUCUUGGUUAAAGAAGAAGGGCAGCAAGCCCACUUUUACGAGCCAUAACCAUGCGACAGUUCCGAGCGCACGCGAGGCGCGGAGGCGCUCCAACAGGAGCGCGCCUUUCUGGGACGCGCAGGUGCUAAACUGCAGCGAGGACGCAGCGGUAAGGACGAAGGACUGGUUCCGGAGGUUGGACCCGAGGUUUCACCAGUUCGUCCUGCACCGGCACUGCAGGUACUUCCCGAUGCUCAUCAACCACCCGGAGAAGUGCACGGCUACUGAGGGAGCGGUGCACCUCCUCAUGGUGGUCAAGUCCGUCAUUGAGGAGCAUGAUCGGCGCGAGGCGGUGCGCAAAACCUGGGGCAGGGAGCACACAGUGGAAGGGAAAAGCAUAAAGACCCUCUUUCUUUUGGGGAGUCCCUCCGUUGGCAAAGACCGCAAGAACCUUCAGAAGCUGAUCGAGUAUGAGGACAAGAUCUACGGGGACAUCCUGCAGUGGGAUUUCAUGGACACUUUUUUCAACUUGACCCUGAAAGAAGUCAACUUUCUCAAAUGGUUCCACAUCUACUGCCCAGACGUGCAGUUUAUAUUCAAAGGAGAUGAUGAUGUUUUUGUGAACACCGACAACCUACUGGACCUCAUCAACUUCAAAGUGGAGGAGCACAGGGAGACUAACCUAUUUGUGGGGGACACCAUCUCCAAGGCCAUUCCCAUCCGGAACAGACAGAGCAAAUAUUACAUCCCCAGGGAGCUCUUUGAUAAGCCAUACCCUCCUUAUGUGGGAGGAGGGGGGUUCCUCAUGUCCUCCCAGCUGGCCAGGAAGCUCUUUGUGGUCUCAGAGGACCUGGAACUGUACCCAAUUGACGAUGUCUUUCUGGGCAUGUGUUUGCAGAGGCUACGCCUGAGCCCGGAGAUGCACUCCGGCUUCAGGACCUUCGGCAUUACAAGGCGCAGGAUGAGCCCCAUGAAUAGCGAGCCGUGCUUUUACAAGAACCUCAUUGUGGUACACAAACUGGGCGCCCAAGAACUCCUCAAGAUGUGGAGCAUGGUGCAUCAUGAAGUACUGGUUUGUGCAAAGAGGGCCUCUCUAUGAUGUGGCGGUGCAAGAAUCCAUAAAGGAAAGCAGAAGACUAUUAUGAUACCGUUCCAUUUUGGGAAACCACUACCAUACAGGUCUACAGUGCAAUUCUCUGUGCCAUUUCAAAUUUGAGUCUCAUGGAUCCAGAGUUGAAUGUGUUAUGGCGGUUUGUGCCUUACAUUAAUAACAGUGCAAGAGUUUCAGUGUGUAUUGUCAACAAAAUCAGGGUAAAAGAAACCAAAGUGUCUGAAAUUCUGUAUUUUUUUGGAGAGGGGGUAAUAUAGUGUAAAUAAAAACAAAAUAAUUCUGUGUUAA